AUGGCUCUGUCAGCAUCGCACGCGCUGACGUCGCGAGACAGCUUCUUCCGCCCGCGCUACCUCAAUGAGGCACCGGUGCUGAGCGAGGCGGAGGACCUGCCGCACCUGAGGGAGGUAGAGCUGUGCGUGAACGCGGACCUGGUGCACGUGGAGAACAAGUACGGCGCCUUCCUCUCCCAGCCACACCUCACCUUCCGCCCCCAGCUCUUCUCCUCGCCGCUCUCCGACCGCUCUGCCGCGGGGCCUGGGCGGCCGGGUGGAGGGCGCGAUGGGGAGGACGAUGAUGCGGACGUGGAGCCGUACCUGGAGAACAGGGACCCGGACGACGAGCACUAUGGGGGCCCACCCAUCAUGGCGUACGAGCCUCUGUUCAGCUGGGAGACGGACAGAGCUGCUGUCAUUGGCCAGCGCAUGCCCAUCAAGCCCAUUGUCAGCAGCACAGUAGGCACACGCUUCUCUGUGCGAAUACUCUCAUUCAAUGUACCCGCGGGGCUCGUGGAACCCUUUUAUGGCUCCAUCUGUUUGUAUCACACUGAGAAGAAGGAGAAGGUCUCAGAGGACUUUCACUUCCAGUACCUGCCUCUCUCCUGGGACGGGGAGAGCACGCCCCCCGAGCUGAGGGCGAUAUUCACGGUGGAGAGGGAGGCGGCUGCGCUGUGCCUGCUGGUGCAGGUGGAGCGAGCUGUCACAGAGGAAAGCAUCAACGGCGUCAAGGGCUCUGUGUACACGCGCAAGGACCCUCCCGUUUUGACAGAGAGAGAGGCAUCCCGGCUCUCAGAAUGGGCACAGAGCAUGCCGUUCCGCGAGGCCUUUGCGUUCGCCACCAUUCCGCUCUUCGACUCUGCCGGCACAGGCGGCACCACCGGCUUCGGGAGCAGCAGCACAGGGGGGGGCACUUCCGGGGUGCUGGGCGGAGCAGCAGGGGGAGGGGCAGGGGAGGGCGCAGGGGGCCCUGGGACGCCAGGGUCUAGCAGUGGGGCGCUGGGGGAAGGGGGGGCUGCACCACGGUAUGAGCUGGGAGGGCCUCUGCUGGUGGAUAUUCCGUGUCUGCAGCGCGUGAAGGAGUGCUAUACUGAGGACCAGCUCUUUGACCCGAAGCGCAAGGUGCACAAGCCAGUGCGCAUGACCAUGCAGGUGGAGGUGGAGCGGCUGCCGGGCAGCACUGCUCUCUCCCACUCCGCCCAGGCGGGGCCUGCAGGGUCCAGCCAGGCCAUGGGUCACACGCGGUCAAUGGAGUCAAUGGGGUCAGACGCGGAUGAAGUGGGCGGGCUCAGUCGCACCUUCUCCAUCUCCCGCCUGCUCAACGGGUUCCACGCGUUGGACUUCACGGACAUGACACGAGCAGAGCCGUUCACACAUCUGGAGCAUCUGGCGUUUGUGUACCCGCACAGUGUGACUCUGCCCAAGAAGCUCAACCUCUUCAUGCGCCUUGAGCUCCGUGACGACGACACCGACCUCCAGUCCUCACGCCCGCAGCUCGAGGCCAUCUUCCCAUGGGAGCGGGAGCAUGCAAUGCAGCGAGUGGCGUCGUCACAGGUGGCCAUGGGCAUGCGCCCAUCGCUCUUCCACGACGAGUUCAAGAUCCAGCUACCUGCUGUGCUGCGCCCCUCCCACCACCUCCUCUUCUCCUUCUUCCACAUCGACCUUGCUGUCAAGGCCGACCGCCCCAAACCGGUAGUGGUUGGCUACUCUGUCAUGCCUCUAUCAGCUGUCACCCAGUCAUUCAAGGGCGAGAUGAACCUGCCCAUGUCCAAGGAACUUCUACCCAAGUACCUGCACGAGAGCACCAAAGCCAAGCUGACCUACUGGGAGGAGGGCAAGCCCGUGUUCCGCCUGCGCACGCGCCUCUUCUCCUCGCUGCUCCCCCUCUCCGACCGCCUGCGCGACUUCUUCCGCCAGUAUGACCGCCACGUGCUCGAGGCUCCCCUGCCCCGGGAGGAUUUGCUGGAGUCGAUCAAUGGGCUCAAGGGCGUGGAUACGGUGGUGCUGCUGCAGUUCCUGUACCCGCUGCUCAACAUGCUGCUGUGCAUGAUUGGGAAUGGCGUUGAGACGCUGCAGGUGGCGGCGUUUCGAGCCACCGUGAACAUUGUGUCCAGGGUGCAGGCGGAGCUGUCCCCCAACGUGCCGCGCAACCGUUUCCUGGUGCACUUUGUGGACUUUGUCUUUGACGACCUGGGCCGCCAGCAGCCGCCCGUCUACCCCGGCCUCAGCAACGUCUGGCGCUCCCUCGCCCGCAGCAAGUCCCGGGGCUUCCGAGUGGGUCCGGUGUACAGCGAGGCACUGACCAUGGCAUGGUUUGUGCUGGAGCUGGUCGUCAAGUCCAUGGACCUCGAGCUGGCUCAGGUUCCUCAAGGUGAGCGCUAUGUGGGGUGCUGCAAGGUGAGCGUUGCCCAGGUGGUGCAUACACGGUGCCUCAAGCCCUCCUCCGCGCCUUCUCCAGCUCUCCUCCGCGCCUUCUCCAGCUCUCUUCCCCAUCCCCGUUCUCCCCCUCUCCAACCUAUCCAUCACCCCCCUCCUCUGUGUUCACCAGGCGAUGAGAUAGCGCGGCUGAGGUUGGAGGACGAGGUGUUUCUGUGCAUCCGGCAGCUCUUUGAGUGCCUGCUCGUCGAGGUGCAGGACAAGGCCGACUCCGACUACCCCCUCGCGCGCCGCCUCACCAACUCCCUCGCCUUCUUCUGCUACGACCUCAUCACUGUCGUCGACCCGCCUCAAGUGUUCGAGCUGGUGGGGUUGUUCCUGUCACAGCUAGCAGGCAUGUGUCCUGCGAACCAGCACUCCCUCAAGCUGCACUUCCUCCGCAUCCUCUGCGACCACGACCUCUUUGUCGAGACGCCCGGCCGUGGUCCCACUGAAAAGAACUAUCUGUCGACAGUGCUGGUGAAGGACCUAUUCACAGGCCUGAACCAUGAUGACCCCAACCAGCGAGCCACGGCAUCGCGCAUGCUCACCUUCCUGCUGGCCAAGCAUGAGUACGACGCGCGCUACCAGCAGGCGGACCUCAAGCUCUACAUCUCGCAGCUCUACUUCCCCAUCGUCACCCAGGCUAAAUCCCAUGGUCUAUCUUAUCCUCAUUUCCCUGCCCCUGCCCCCACUCUCAUGCCCGUCCUCCCUCCGCCCCAAUUUCCCCACCAGUUAUUAGACGACCCGCGUGUGUUCACGCGCCUGGGGGUGCUGCAGAAGCGGCAGGUGGUGGUGGCGGUGCUGGCGGUGCUGCGGCAUGUGGACAGCGAGACGCUGCUCAAGGCAUGGAAGCACAGUGCCCCGCGCACACAGCUCUUCUUCUCGCUGCUGCAGGAGUCACUCUUCCUCUUCCAGUACACGGGCCGCACGGGGGUGAGCGCAGGCGAGCUGGGGGCAGUGGUGCGCAACCAUCACAGCCUGGACGGCAAGGGGUGCAGCGCAAGCGAAGCUCAUCUGUUUCCUCUACAUCUUCCCUCACACUUUCCCCACCCCCACCCUGCAACCCUAACAUAUACGGGUCGGACGGGAGUGAGUACGGGCGAGCUGGGGGCAGUGGUGCGCAACCAUCACAGCCUGGACGGCAAGGGGCGCAAGGGCGGCAGUGAGGGGGAGCUGCCGCCCUUCCCCCUCUACUCCGACCGGGUCUCUUUGUCCGCCAAUGACUCACUUGACAGCAUGGCGCUCGCAGAUUCCAAGGUGGGGAGAGUGGGUGCUGUGCUGUGGGUGGGGGAGUGGCGAGCGGGAGCAGCUGGUGCGCAAGUACAGCGGGCUAUUCUCCACCGUCGCACCCUUGCAGCCUACUGCCCGGCCUCCCAUCCCUCUGCUGUUCUGCUCCUCCACACCCCCCACCCCACCCCCACGCCCCUCUUCCUCCAGGAGAGUGGCGAGCGGGAGCAGCUGGUGCGCAACUACGGCGGGCUAUUCUCCACUGCCGCACCGUUGCAGCAAACCACCCCUCCCUUCCCCGUCCCUGUGCUCUUUUGCCCCUUUCCCUCCCUUCAUCCUUCAGGGGAGUGGCGAGCGGGAGCAGCUGGUGCGCAAGUACAGCGGUGUAUCCUCCACCGCCGCAUCACCGCAGCCUAUUGCUGUCCCAACCCCACCAUCCCUCUGCUCUUCUGCACAUUUCCCACCCUAAUCCCCCACUUUUCCUCAGGGGAGUGGCGAGCGGGAGCAGCUGGUGCGCAAGUACAGCGGCGUAUCCCCCACCUCUGCACCACCACAGCUCUCUGCUGUCCAAGCCUCCAUCCUUCUGCUCUUCUGCUUUCCCACCCUAAUUCCCCACUUUUCCUUCAGGGGAGUGGCGAGCGGGAGCAGCUGGUGCGCAAGUACAGCGGUGUAUCCUCCACAGUCGCAACACCACCGCCUACUGCCCGCCCGCCCGUGCCGCUGCGGGAGGAGCUGAGGCGCGCCUGGGUGGCGCCGCUGGAAGCCAUGACCAUUCUCAGACAAGGCUUGCCGCCCGUUGCUUCCGAGAAGCUGGCCAUGUGGGAGGCCACAAUGGCAGGGUGGGUGUCACUGCAAGUACUGGAGGUGCUGGAGCAGUUCAGCGACCUGGCAGCAGAGGGCGCGGUGGUCACGGACCAUGACACCAUGGACUGCCUCACUGGCCCCAUCUCCGCGCUUCUCAGCAUGCCCCAGGUAAGCCUGCCUCAGGUAACGCCUGCCCUCAGCCUGCCCCAGCAGUUCAGCGACCUGGCAGCAGAGGGCGCGGUGGUCACGGACUAUGACACCAUGGACUGCCUCACUGGCCCCAUCUCCGCCCUCCUCAGCAUGCCCCAGGUAACACCUGCUCUCAACCUGCCCCAGGUAACACCUGCUCUCAACCUGCCCCAGCCGGUGUCGUUCUGGGAGGUGUUUGUGCCGGCCUUUGCAGAGAUGCUGCGGCUGCACGGCCGUGCAAUGCUGGCGAGCAGCAAGGCGAAUGACGCGCGCCUCAAGGACAUGUUUGGCAACCUGCUCAAGCGCCUCAUUGUGAAGCCCGAGUUUGUGCGCAAGCGAGCACUGCUCUGCCUGCUGCUGCUGCUGCGGACGGCCCUGCUACACAUGGGCAAUGUGCACCACCUGCGGGUCAUCCUCACAGUCGCCCUCUCCGAAGUCAUGAUGCAGCUGCGCCUGCUGCAGCGCGGCGCCAGGCCCGGGGAGAUCACCGAGUCUCUCGAGGUGGAACGGCUGCGCUUCUCAUUGGAGGAGCUAGGCUCGGAGGAGACGUGGUUCGGGUUGCUGGCAGAGAGCGGGCUUCCGGACAUGUGUCUGGAGAUUAUGGUAGGGGAUGAGGAGGCGGAUGAGGCAGAUGAGGAUGAUGAAGAGGAGGAUGAGGAGGAGGAUGAAGAGGAGGAUGAGGAUGAUUAUGAUGAGGAGGAUGAGGAGGAGGAGGAGGAGGAGUUUGAUGAUUUGGAUGAGUAUGAUGGGGAGAAUGGGAGGAGGAGGCGGCGGAGGAGGGGAAGGAGGGGGAGGAGGAGGGAGAGGAGGAUUCGGGACCGGUGGUCGAGGAAGAAUGUGGAUGAGCUGCAGGACAUGCUGCUCACCGUCGUGGACGCUGCUUCACAGCACGAGCAGCUGGUGAGGGUAGUGGGUUUCCCCUCGCAGAUGGAGGGGCUAAAGACGUCCAACGACCGGUACGCGAUAGUGGAGAGCUACUACAUCCUGGCGCAGGCAUAUGGGCGCGUGGCGCGUCUGAGACGUGGUAUAAUGGAGGGGCUGAAGACGUCCAACGACCGGUACGCGAUAGUGGAGAGCUACUACAUCCUGGCGCAGGCGUACGGGCACGUGCCGGACCUCUACAUCAUGUGGAUGCUGCACCUCUGUGAGGCGCACCAGGAGAUGAGCCAGUGGGCCGAGGCUGCUCAGUGCGCUGUGUCCGUGGCGGGGGUGGUCAUUCGGGGUCUGCACGCGUCCACCACGAGGGAGUGCGCGUGGGAGGCCGAACACCUGGAGCUCCUCUGGCGGGUCUGCCCUCUGGCCCGCCACCAGUGGCGUGCGCGCCCCUCGCGCCCCUCCGCCCGCCCCCGCCUCCCCAACAGCGCCUCCAAGAGCGGUGCGGGCGGGGGCAGCGCGGGCGCGGCAGCAGGGGGAGGGGGGGAGAGUGACUUUGGGGCGACGUGUCUGAACACGGACAGCGCGGUGAAGUACCUGCAGAUGGCGUCCAGCUUCUUUGCCAAGGCCGAGCUCUUCCACUUCUGCGCUGAAAUGCUCUCCCUCACCAUCCCCGUCUUCCGCUUCCGCCGCGACUUCUACCAGCUGUCCAAGUGCCACACGUCACUCUCAGGCAUCUAUGACAACGUGCUGGCUCAGGAGCAGAACCCAAUCCCCUUCAAGGACGCAACAUACUAUCGAGUCGGCUUUUAUGGGGAGCGAUUCGGAUACAUUGAUGGCAGGGAGUUCAUCUACCGGGAGCCUCGGGAGGUACGGCUGGGAGACAUCAUGGAGAAGCUGAAAUCGCUCUACGACGCACGCGAGCCCGACGAGGAGCCCCUCCACGUCAUCCAGGACUCUCGCCAGGUGGACCCCGCUGCCCUCAAGCCCGGCUUCGUCUACAUGCAGAUCACCGCCGUCGAGCCUGUCGUUGGGAUUGGCGACGACCGCUGGCUCGGCCGAACCAUCGACCCAGCCGUGGCGGGAGCUCCGGUGUUUAAUUGCUUCUUUUUUGACACGCCGUUCACGCCAAACGGGAAGCAGCACGGGCGGAUGGAGGACCAGUGGAAGAGGCGGACGCUGGUGUACACCCAGAGCACGCUGCCGAGCCUGAUCAGCCGGCAGCCGGUGGUUCGGUCAGAGGUCCGGGAGUACUCGCCCCUGCAAUGUGCCGUGGAGAUUAUUGAAAACAGGUCGCAUGCACUAGAGAUGGAAAUGGCGAGCCAGCUGGGAGCUGCGGGAGGAGCAGGGGGGGGAAUGGGAGGAGGGGGAGGAGGGGGACGUGUGCCACAGGACCCAGCAGCAGUGACAGCACUGAUCGCAGCAGCUGCAACAGCCGGCGGGACACUACGGCUGCCCCGGAUACAGACACUGCAGCGGUUGCUGCAAGGGAGUGUUGCGUUGCAGGUUAACAGCGGGGUGCUGGGUGUAUGUAUGGCUUUCUACGAGGCCAAUCCUCAUGGCCAGGAGCCGAGACCCAAGGACCCGUCGAAGCUUCAGUCACCGUCGGGUGUUGAGACAUUGACAGAUGCGAUCGUGCGGUUUGUGGUGGUGUGCAAGCGAGCGGUGGCGGUGCACGGGCGGGCCGUGACAGAAGAUGAUAGGGAUUUCCAGGAGCAGCUUGAGAGGAGCAUGGAGGAGCUUGAGAGGGAGAUUUCACCCUUCAUUCCAGUGCUUAGGAAAUGA